CUCACCUCACCUGCGUCUUUCCUUCAUGGUCAAUCACCGUCUAUUUCAAAUCCAAACUAAUCACAUCCUUGAACCACUUUUGCUUUACUUUACCUUUCUCAUUCUACCUUGAGCAAGCAGGCUUUGGGGCCUUCAAAUUUCAAAUUUCAAUAAAAAAUUUGAAGCAUGUAGGUCCCCAAUUGAGCUUAAAAAGUGUUCCAGAAAAAAAUUAGGAGACCCACCUGGAAAUAAUGAAAGAGAAAAAGACUGCACCAAACUUUUCACAUCUGAACUGACUAUGGCUUGCUUUUCUCCAACAGGGACCAUACACUUUCCAAUUAAAUUUCGAAUUUUAAUUCCGUUUGGGAAGUGGGAAUGGAUAAAAAUAUGUUUUGCAGUAACUAGAGACCUCAAAGAUUGGAUCUUUUGUCGUUUGGAAAACUUCCAUUGCAGAGAUAUGGGAGAAUCAAUCUGUCUCAUGCAACCAUUUUCCUACAUUUCCGCCAUUCCUAAUGAAGCCAAAGAGGGGAACCCCAUUAAUGCACUUGGGCAGACAGUUUCGUUUGGGAGGUUCAUUUCAGAGUCUUUGUCUUGGGAGAAAUGGUCAACGUUUCCUCAUAAGAAAUAUGUUGAAGAGGCUGAGAGACACUCCCGCCCGGGAUCAGUUGCAGAGAAGAAAGCUUUCUUUGAAGCUCAUUAUAAAAAAAUUGCCGAAAGAAAAGCAGCAGCUGCAGCUUUGCUUGAGCAAGCACAAAAUAAUGCUUCAAAAAAUAUUCCUGAAUCAGAAUCCGAAGAUAGAGUCAAUAGUGUCAUGGCCAGUGAGUAUAAUGAAGGCAACAAGGUAGAAGCAGCAGAUUUUCUAAAUCAAAACAAGGUUCUUGUGGAGAAAAAUGUGAAUGUGGAAUCAACAAAGCAGAUUUGUAAUUACAAUAACAAGUUUGAGGCAUUAAGUAAUCUUGGGGAGGAUGAUAGAACAACUCAAAUGGGGAAACUUCAGUCGAAGAAUUUAGACUUUAAAAAAGAUGAAAAUGUUUCAAUUAGCAAGAAGAAACCAACACUAUCAUCCUCAAAGUCAUCAAGUUCUGGUAAAGCAACUAAGCUGCCGUCAUCACCAAUCAGACCAACAAUUCUAUCUCAUUCCAAGAAGGAAAACAACUCCACUCCAAUCAACAAGAAAUCUGCAAUAGACUUAGCUGAGAAGAAAAGAUUAACUCCAAUAUCAACUCACAAGGCAUCUGUGUGUAGAGCAGCAAAGCAUCCCUUAGCCACUCCUUGGUCAGAAAAUAGAAGAAACAAAUUGCAAUCUCCAAAUGCAUCUACUUCUUUUCGUUCCAGGAUUGAAGAGAGAGCUGCAAAGGGACAGGAGAAGCUUGAAGAGAAAUUUAAUGCCAAUCAAGCACAAAAAAUCCAACACCGAGCAACACUACAGGGGAAAGCAGAAACAGAACUAAGAAAACUGCGACAAAGCCUCUGCUUCAAGGCCAGGCCACUGCCAAAUUUCUAUAAAGAAAGAGCAGCUUCUAAGGAUGAGAUGAAAAAGGUUCCAUCGACACAACCUCCAUCACCAAAAGUAGGAAAAACUUCCACACCCAGAACAGUCCAGUGCAAACUCUGCCAACCUUCUCAGAAGCCUUCAACCAAGAACAUCGAUUCUAAUCUAUUACUGACAAAGAGAAGUCACAAUUCAAGAUCUACUAGGCUUACUCAUGAGAAUACAUCUCCAAAUAUUCAGCAAGAGUAAGCAAAACCAUUCAAGUAUAAUGUUCUUAGUAAUCAAGCAAUGUUUAGCUUGUUGAAUGAAUAGGUUGAGUUUUCAUGAUGCAUGAGACCGAGGACUAUAAAUCGUUACAAUCACGUUCUGUAUACAGAGUUUUUCCUGUAAUUAGUCUUUACUAGCAUCAGCUAUUGUAAAAAUUACUUUGUACCAUUAAAUACUAUAAACAUAGUAUUUUCAAUA